AGAAAAAAAGAAGCAAACGUCAUGGGUUUGAGUUUUAUAUUUAAGAAGCUUGCUCUGGUUGCAGUUACGUUGACACUUACAGCAACUUCAGUGGCAGCUCAAACACAACCAGGUUGUGAAAGCCGCUGCGGGAAUAUCAGCAUUCCUUAUCCCUUCGGUACAGGCGAUGGUUGCAAAAUUAGCAGCGACUUUUUCAUUACUUGUAACACCACUUUCAAUCCUCCAAAAGCAUUCUUAGACACCAGUAAUAUUGAGAUUCUCGACAUCUCUCUGGAUGGUUAUUUGCGCAUAAGUCAAUCCAUAGGUUAUGACUGUUACAACAAAGUCGAGCCUUCAUAUUUUGCUACGUGGAUGUGGUUUUCAAAAUUCUCCUUAUCUCAUACCAGAAAUAAGUUCACAGCCAUUGGUUGUGAUACUUAUGCUUACGUAAAGGAUUAUUUGGGACAUACGUAUUCAACCGGAUGUUUAACGUUUUGUGAUAAUAUUACCAAUGUGGUGGAGGGAUCUUGCUCUGGCAUCGGCUGCUGCCAGACUGCUAUCCCUAAAGGAGUGAGGAGUUAUCAUGUAACGUUUGGUAGUUCUAACAACCAUUCCAAGGAUUGA